AUGCCUAAAGAAUACGCAGUGGCCGGUGAAGUGGACAGUGACCAGCCAAGCUGUCUAGACAAUCUGGUGGAUGUAGGUAGUCUUUGCUUGGUUUCAUGAGUGAUGUCUAAAUAGUCGACAUGGUUCUCUGAUUGUUUUACCUGAAUCUGUUUCCUUUUUCAGAUCUACCCCAAAGAGGGGGAAGCUGAAUUCCAGGACAGGAAGGCGUUUGUGGACCUGCUAAAAGGGCUGCUGCAUCUUGAGAGUGACAAAAUAGAGUGA